AUGUUGGCACGGUCUCCCGUUCCCACAACGACCCCAACUAAUGCGUCCCCUCGAAGCAGCUUUCACAGCUUCCACUAUGCUCCAGCCCCAUCGUCGCGACACUCUUCUCCUCGGGUUCCGGCCGUCGCAAAGUCUCGCCGGCCGUCCGACUCUCCCACUGCCGCAGCAAUAACCUCGACGUCGACCGCCGCGCCGAAGCGAUAUGUAGCCGUUGACGCAGCGACCCAGUACUCGCCAUUGGAGCCGAUCGACUACGCCACUGGCGCAUUGCUCCCGCGAGUACCACCGACGGCAAAAUCACAGCACAACUCAUUUACCGAACGCAAAACAAUGCCCGCCCCCGAAGAGCGGGCAGACGCCGCCCCAGCCGUGCAGCCGCCAGCGCGGCAUCUUAAGACAGUACCGCCUGGUCCGAAGCAGCGCAUAGACUCUCCGUCUGUAGCAGCCUCCCCAUCCAAGAGGAGGAACUCCCAAGGGCCUGGCAGCAGCACAGGCGCAUUGGCGACCGAUGCGCUGCAAAACCCCUCAGUACUUUCUAAAAGGGCUAAGUCCGACACAACACCACCAAAAGUGCUGCCGCUGCGUUACGAACACUGCGCCGUGGAAGACAUGGUAGUUCUCAUCGCGCACAUGCUGGGGGAGCUCAUCGAGACGAACGAUAGCCUCGCCCUCAAGUCGGGUCACCUCACCAGAUUCCACUCCCGAACUGCCCCGGGAAUAUCGGUACUAGACUACCUUCACCGCCUCGCAAAGCACGCCACCCUCACCCCGCCCCUGCUCCUCUCCAUGGUCUAUUACAUCGACCGCCUCUGCGCGCUCUACCCGGACUUCACCAUCAACACGCUCACUGUUCACCGCUUCCUCAUCACGGCCGCCACGGUCGCGGCCAAGGGCCUCUCGGACGCCUUCUGGAACAACUCGACCUAUGCCCGCGUGGGCGGUGUCAAGGUCGCAGAGCUCAAGCUGCUCGAGCUUGAGUUCCUGCACCGCGUCGACUGGAAGAUUGUGCCUAACCCGGAGGUUUUGGUUGCCUACUAUGCGGGGCUUGUCGAGCGCUGUCCCGGGUAUGUCCUGGAGGGGCAGGAGAACCACAACAGCCACAACAGCAGUCUUAACGAAGACGACAGCAGCGAUGCCGAACGCGAGGCGGAGAUGGCCGAGGGCGGGUUAAAAAUGCCUCCGAAGCCGAGCGGAGGGCCAUCACUGGCGCAGAGAUAA